AAAAGGAAAAAGAAAGGAAAAGAGCAGCGUCUGUGACUGUGCCGGUGGAGCAAGCCAGCUUUAACCUUAGCUAACGCACAUCCAAAGCACAUGCCAUGAGCCGGGUUUGAGCCUGCACAGCCUGGGAAAAAAAAACACACUCACGACUGCGAGAGAAAUCCGAUGAGAGGAACGGCUCAGAGAGAGUGAGCUGCCGUAGAUUGUCCAAAGGGGCAGCGUUUCUCCUAGUUCCGGUUUGUCUGCCUGUGCGCGCUGUGCGAGUUGGGACCCUAAACAAAAGGCUGCCAUCAUCCUAAAGGAGAUAUUCUGCUGCGAGAGAGCCCGUCUGCUUGAUGCUAACUAAACAUGAGCUCCUAUUUUGUUAACCCUCUUUUUUCUAAGUACAAAGGCAGCGAGUCACUGGAGCCAACUUACUACGACUGCAGGUUUCCACAAAGCGUUGCCCGCAGCCACACGCUGGUUUACGGACCCGGAGCAGCCGCACCGGGCUUUCAGCACCCGUCCCAUCAUGUGCAGGACUUUUUCCACCACGGGACCACGGGGAUCUCCAACCCCGGAUACCAGCAAAACCCCUGCGCUUUGGCUUGCCACGGAGACGCAACGAAAUUUUAUGGAUAUGAAGCCCUUCCGAGGCAAACGCUUUAUGGUACCCAGCAAGACGCAAGCCUAGCGCAAUACCCAGACUGUAAAUCGUCGAGCAGCUCUAACCCCGGAGAAGGACAAGGCCACUUAAAUCAAAACUCCUCUCCCAGUCUUAUGUUUCCUUGGAUGAGACCCCACGCCCCAGGAAGACGGAAUGGGAGACAAACCUACAGUCGGUACCAAACUCUUGAACUGGAGAAGGAGUUUCUCUUCAACCCUUACCUGACCCGCAAGAGAAGGAUCGAGGUGUCCCACGCCCUGAGCCUCACCGAGCGGCAGGUGAAGAUUUGGUUUCAGAACAGGAGGAUGAAGUGGAAAAAAGAGAACAACAAAGACAAGUUUCCGGGUCAGAGAGGAGAGGCUGAAGCCGAGGAAGAGGGCAACGAGGACGGUGAAGGGGAAGAGGCAGAGGAGAAAGAAGCGGAAGAGAAAGAAGAGACCAAGGAGUGAUUUUAUGGUCCUUUUUAUGGUUAUAUGGCUGAAAAAGAGAAAAAAAGAGAGGUCCCAUAAACAGACGAAGAGUCACAAGGAGGCAGAGAGCGUCAACUUUAUGACCACCCUUUCAUUUUGUCAAGAGGGGACAGGAAUCCCUCUUAAUAUUGCUGUCAUAAAUAGACAAAAUUCUCCCUUCCCACGAUUAUCCUAACAUGAAUCGCAUUUGGAUUUUUAUUUUUUGUUCAGUAGAAGCUACACACGCCUGUAGCACAUUUCCUUUGAUAGAACAGUUGCCCUUGCAAAAAAAAGGGGUCAAUUAAAACGCAUGUUAGAUGGAAAAUGGCUUAGCUAUUUUUUACAAAUUUGCUUUUAAUAAUAACUGUAUCAGAAGCAUAGCCAAAUAAGAUAAAACCAUGACCAACGCCGACCUGUGUUGUAAAUAGAUGAUAGCCUACAUUUUAAAAAGAACAUGGACGUCAUUUCAGAGUAGCCUUUCCGAAAUUGUAAGCGAAAUGUAGGCCUAUAACUUAGUAGUAAGUGUUCAGACAUCAUCGCAGCAGUUACAUUGGCUGAACGGCCCGUGUGGAAACCACAAGUUUUAUUAUUCUAAUUGUUACUGUUACUGUUUUACUCGUUUUCAUGUGAAUGGCCUAGACAAAGAUAGCCAUUAGCUCCUCAGACAUCUUUUUCUAGGAUUACCAGGGAAAUGCAAUCGUUUGAAAUCCUUUGAUGCUACCUAAACCUGGGGGAAUUGCAAUAGAGAUUUCUGAAUAUAGAGAUUUCAUAUGGUUUUAAUUUUAAAAAAAGUGUUCUAUAUCAACCUUAUAUUAUUAAGUUAUGUAUGUAGCAUUUACCCAAUAUACAAUAUACACUUGUUGAAGACAAUUUGUGAGUCUUGGGAAGACAAUUAGCUCAAAGCCAAGCAAACAAUUUUUUUGAGAUUGUACCACGGCACUACCUAAACUCAGAGCCUUGCCUUUGCUGAAUUUAUAUUCCUCACUUGUGGCAUCGCUCUGACUCGAUUGCAAGCUCUUUUCCCCAACAACUAAAACUGCCUAUAACGCACAUUUACUGUGUAUGAUAAUACCUGCUACAAUUACAAGGAUUUUAAAAGUAAGGGAAUUUUUAUUUUAAUGUGCUGGUGAUAUAGCGUAGUUGUUUUGCACUGAAUAUAAUCUUUAUGUACGUCUUGUUAUAUAUUGAUGUUUAACAAUAUGCUCGUUUCCUGGUGUUUCUCCUGUGAAAGACGGAAUUGUGUGUCCCCGCCAUUGUUGAUGUAAAAUCACAAAUAAACAAGAUGGCUCACAAUCAUUUCUGUUUUUUAUUGACAUUACAGCGUCGGUUACUGGAAAAUUAUUCCCUCUUCUCCCUCCCCUCCACACACAUUAAAAUGAGGCGCAUACAUAUGUGAGGUGAAAAUAUGCAGUCUAGUACACAUUCAGUUACCUUUCUGCUUUUUUCUCUAACGAGUUAUAAACUCUGGGAUGCUGCAGAGCCAAAUAGGAGCCUCAGCUUUCAUAUCCAAAAGUAAUUUGACACAAAUUAUGAAAACAAUUCAAUGAGGAAAUGGCGCAAAAUGUUGAUGUUUUGAUGAUGCUUUGAUUUCCAGCCCAUAUGCGCUCCAAACAUUUACUGGCGGCGCUAGGAGU